GCAUGUUGGGUCGACUCUGAUUUAGUUUUACCUGCCUGCCUGAUAGCAAGACGCCACUUAUCUGAAAGUGAAGUUUACCUCGACACACCCGCUUGGUUUUCACUUGCGUGUAUGUCUGUGUGACCACUAAUGAAAACUGGGCGAGACGGUUUGUUUGGGCCUUGGAUAAAUAAUUAACCAGACAACUCAAGCCGCAGUUUCAAGAGCUGACAUGAGGAGUUGAAGCAAAGCCAGAGCGGAGUGCGCCUCUAUCGCCAGCCUGUUACCUGAGAGAAAACAACAGGCUCGCAGGUGUUUUUUUGUUUUUUUGUAUUUUUCCUUAUAUUUUUAAUGCCAUUUGAACUGGAUACACUUCAUUGUAAUCAUGCUGGGAGCGGAGAGCAGAUUGGAAAGCCGGCUGAAGAAGCUGGAGUCCCUGAUAAGGAAUCCACAGUCGGCACUAAACUUGGCAACCCUGCUGGAUUCCAUGAGUGCACUGGUCAAUGACUUGAAUUACCCCCCCUUACGGAAAAACAAAAACAUAGAGUCCUUUCUGAACAGAUAUAAAGACUUAGUGAGUGAGCUGCGAGAACUUCAGAUGAAGCUUGAUGACUUUGAGAAAGUCAAGCUGAUCGGAAAAGGAGCUUAUGGAGAAGUGCAGCUGGUCCGUCACAAGGCCUCUAAGAAGGUUUAUGCUAUGAAGCAGCUCAGCAAGUUUGAGAUGAUCAAAAGGUCAGAUUCGGCCUUCUUCUGGGAGGAGAGACACAUCAUGGCCUUCUCCAACAGCCCCUGGGUCGUCCAGCUAUGCUGUGCUUUCCAAGAUGAUCGGCACCUUUAUAUGGUGAUGGAAUUCAUGCCCGGAGGAGACCUGGUCACACUCACCAUGAACUACGACAUCCCUGAGAAAUGGGCUCGCUUCUACACGGCAGAAGUAGUGCUGGGGCUAGACGCCAUCCACUCGAUGGGCUUCAUCCACCGCGACAUUAAGCCUGACAACAUGCUGCUGGACCAACACGGACACCUCAAACUGGCUGACUUUGGCACAUGCAUGAAGAUGGACUCGACAGGUAUGGUGAAAUGUGACACAGCUGUAGGCACACCAGACUACAUCUCCCCCGAGGUUCUCCAGUCUCAGGGUGGUGAUGACUACUAUGGCCGGGAGUGUGACUGGUGGUCUGUAGGAGUAUUUCUCUAUGAAUUGCUAGUUGGUGAAACUCCUUUCUAUGCCGAGUCCCUUAUCGGAACGUACGGAAAGAUUAUGAACCACCAGAACUCGCUCGUAUUCCCAGAUGAUGUGGAGAUGUCUCAAAAUGCCAAAGAUCUCAUCUGUGCCUUCCUUACUGACAGGAAGGUUCGUCUGGGCCGCACCGGAGUGGACGAGAUAAAAUGUCACCCCUUCUUUAAGAACAACCAGUGGACCUUUGACAACAUCCGUGACACUGUGGCCCCAGUUGUGCCAGAGCUGAAAGGUGACAUAGACACCAGUAACUUCGAUGACAUAGAGGUUGAGAAAGGAGAUGUUGAGACCUUUCCUCCACCCAAAGCCUUUGUUGGCAACCAGCUACCAUUUAUUGGUUUCACCUACUUCAAGGAGGAUCAGCUGUUAAAGGGAAGUAAAAGCAGUUCUGCAAAAGAUUCAGAGGACUGUGAGGAAAUCUCAGAGGACAAGGAGAAUUGUUCAGACAAUAAAAAAGAGCUGCAGAAAAAGGUUUCCCAACUGGAAGAGAAGCUCGACAAUGAGAUGCAGGCCAAAGAUGAGCUGGAGCAAAAGUGCAGAAAUGCUACCAACCGUUUAGACAAACUCGUCAAAGAAUUAGACAAGGAGAUGAACAGCAGGCAGAAAGUCGAGGCCUCACUGAGGCAGCUGGAGAGAGAGAGAGCUCUGCUGCAGCACCAGAGUGCUGAGAAUCUGCGCAAGGUGGAGAUUGAAACUGACAGGAAACGCAGCCUGGAGAACGAGCUGAACAACCUGCGGGACCAGCUAGAGGAUCUGAGGAAGAAGAACCAGAAUUCACACAUCUCAAAUGAGAAGAACAUCCAGCUGCAAAAACAACUUGAGGACGUCAAUGCUGUGCUUCAGGCUGAGCAAGAGGCUGUAGCGCGGUUAAAGAAGAGUCAGGCGGAGGUGCAGAAACAAGCCCAGAGCCUGGACGUUAGCCUCGGGGAGAUGCAGGAAAAGUGCAGCCAGCUUGAAAACAGCAAGAUGGAGCUGGAGAAGCAGCUGAGGGGGCUGCAGGCCGAACUGGAGGAGGAGAGGAGAGGCCGCAACAUGGGGACAGAAACUAUUAAUGACCUACAGGGACGCAUCUCAGGGCUGGAAGAAGAAGUGAAAGAAGUGAAGUCAUCUCUUUCCAAGGUCCAGACUGAAAAAAAGGAGCUACAGGAGAAGCUCAAUGAGCUUGAGAAGAAAAAGAGCAACCAAGAGAUCGACCUUACGUUCAAGCUGAAGUCCCUGCAGCAGAGUCUGGAGCAGGAGGAGGCAGAGCACAAGGCCACCAAAGCCAAGCUUGCUGAUAAAAAGAAGACCGACCAAUCCAUAGAGGAGGCAAAGUCCGAGGCCUUAAAAGAGAUGGAGUGCACCCUGCAGGAGGAGCGCAGCUUGAAGAUGCAGGUGGAGGGAAAGCUGCUGCAGCUAAAAAAGGACUACUCCAUGCUGGACUGUGAUUACAAGCAGGCGCAGAACAAGCUGGAUGAAUUUCAGGCACAGAAGGAGAAACUUUCUGAAGAGGUGUUGCACCUGACCUCACGUCUGGAGGAGGAGAUGCACAAGCGGAGUAUGAGCCAGAGUGAACUGAAGAUGCAGAACCAGCAGGUGUCUGUGCUCCAGUCCUCUGAGAAACAGCUCAAACAGGAACUCAACCAACUGUUAGACAUGAAGCAGAUGCUGGAGAAACAGAACCAAGAACUACGCAGGGAAAAGCAGGAGGCUGAUGGCCAGCUGAAGGAACUGAAGGACCAACUGGAGGCACAGCACUGUUUCACAACCCUUUACAAGACGCAGAUCCGUGAGCUGACGGAUGAGCGUGAUGAGAAGAAUAAGCUGUACGAAGAGGUGCAGCAGCAACUGGCAGAAUACCAGGAAGAGAGGAAGUCACUGACAACCCGGCUGGAAGAAAGCUUGACCAAAGCAGACACUGAGAAGUUGGCUCGUUCUGUCGUUGAGGAGCAGUUCUCCAAUCUGGAGAAAGAAAAGAUCAUGAAGGAGCUAGAGAUCAGCGACAUGAUGAUGAGGCACAAGCAGGAGCUCAGCGAUAAGGAGGCCACCAUCAGCUCGCUGGAAGAGUCCAAUCGUACUCUGACGGUGGACGUAGCCAACCUGGCCAGUGAGAAGGAAGAACUCAACAACCAGCUGAAAGAAAUGCAACAAAAACUCCAGAAAGCAAAAGAUGAAGAAAACUGUCUCAAAGAGUCCUUUGAAAAGCUGCUGCAGAACGAAAGAACGCUAAAAAUUCAGGCUGUGAACAAACUGGCUGAGGUGAUGAACAGGAGGGAGAAGGUGCGGGGAGGCCACCAAGGCACUGACACCGAGGUGCACAAGAAGGAGAAGGAGAACAGGAAACUGCAGCUGGAGCUGAAAGCAGAGAAGGAGAAAUUCAGCACUGCCAUCGUAAAAUACCAGAACCAGCUGGCUGAAAUGGAGGCGCUGAUGGCAGAAGAGAACCAGAUGCGUCUAGAUCUUCAGAUGACGCUGGACAGUAAAGAGAGCGACAUUGAGCAGCUGCGAUCCCAGCUCACAUCCCUCAGCAUUCACUCUCUGGACUCCACCAGCAUCAGCAGUGGCAACGACUUAGACUUAGAAGGAUACCCAGACUCCAGGCUGGAGGGCUGGAUCUCACUUCCUUCCAAGAACACCAAGCGAUUUGGUUGGGACAAAAAAUAUGUGGUCGUGAGCAGUAAGAAGAUCCUGUUCUAUAACAGCGAGGUGGAUCGAGAGCAAGCUAACCCUUUCAUGACCCUGGACCUUGAUAAGCUGUUUCAUGUCCGACCUGUAACUCAGACUGAUGUGUACCGUGCAGAUGUCAGAGAAAUUCCAAGGAUUUUCCAGAUCCUAUAUGACAAUGAAGGUGAGAGCAAGCGUGAGCAGGAUGCUGGAGCUGAACCCACAAACUCUGGUGAUCGCGCCUCAUACAUCAGCCACAAGGGCCACGAGUUCAUCGUCACCCUCUACCAUUUCCCAUCCAACUGUGAGGUCUGCAGCCGGCCUUUGUGGAACGUCUUCAAGCCUCCACCAGCGCUUGAGUGUCGUCGCUGCCACACCAAGUUCCAUAAAGACCACCUGGAUAAAAAAGAAGUUAUUGUACCCUGCAAAGUGAACUAUGACAUCUCCACGGCCAAAGAACUGCUCCUCCUGACCAGCUCUCAGACGGAGCAGAAGCACUGGGUCAGUCACCUCCUUAAGCGCAUCCCGAAACACCCGACACUGAGUCCUCCCCCUGUGGCACGCAAUUCCCCUGAAAAAGCACCCCAUUCCUCUCCGCAAGUAUCCCCACGACCUUCGCCCAAGACCUCUCCUCGCAUGUCCCAUCGAGGCGCUGUAAAGAUCCAAUCCACCCGGCAGCAACCGUCAUCGGGGAAGCCAAGUUAACCCUGGCUAAUAUUUUCAUCCGUGUGGAGUAAUGGUGGUCUGGAAGCGGUGCCUACAUGUGUUAUGUUUUUUCAGAGAAGACUAUCAAAAAAAGCAAAAAAACCCUAAAGCCCUAAAAAAACACUAAUAUGGACAGAAAACUGGCUGACGUCAUGAGAAAAAGGAUUUAUGUUUUUUUGUCAUUUUAACAAAAGGAGAAUCAGGACAGUCUUCCCAUUACAGUGAUUCAUCCAGUGAAAAAGAUUCAACAAUCUUCACGAUUAAACUGCCCUAUUUUCUUUUUUCUUUUUAAUCAUCAUAAUUAUGACAAGACUUUUUCUCUUUGCGUUUGUAAAAAGAUUACGCAUGUGUUUGAACAUUUGUAUAUACGAUAAAUAUCUAUAUCUGUGUAUCGUAGCACAUAACGUGAAGCUAAUAGUAUAUAUGAUUGUUAUGUUUCUAUGACCACAUCACACACUAUAUAUGGUUGUCCUGUAAAUGUAUUAAAACGGUUUCAUGGCUUCUUUUUGAGUGGAAAAUGAGCCUUUAUAAGUACAUCUGUUAUAACAUACGAGAGAACAAUGUGAACUCAACUGAAACAAUGUUGUUUUUUUUCUUGCGCUUCAUGACAAUUAUUGAUUGUUCAUAUAUGUUUAAAUCCCAUGUGUAGAAUUUUUGGGGUGAUACAUUAAAAAAAAGUAAAAAAUCAAGA